UGGAGAAGCUGGAACAUGUAACUGUUUUUUUGGCAUCUGAUAAAAUGUUGUCGUCAGUACUAAGGUGUCCACAUAGUAUUACUAAUAAUGCUAAACUUUUCCAUCAUAACGAGUCUGCUACAACGCCUUUUCACUCAUCAAACAGAAGCAUCACGAAAUGUUUGCCUCCGCCACAGUUGUGUUUGGGGUACAGGUGUUCAAAGAGGGAUGAACAAGUCACCCCAUUUUCUGAGGGAUUCUCAUUCUCAGCUUUGAAAGAGGAGGAUAGUGUUUGGGAUAGUGGAGAUGUAUGGACGAAUCUUGCUCUCUAUGUGUUCACUCUCCAUAUCCCUUUCAGCUUUGGAGGCUUAUCCGUUGUUUCUUUGCUUUCCCGACAACCUCACCUUCACCCACAAAUUCAGGCCUUGUCACUUCUCACAAUUCAAAUUCUGGAGCUUUAUGGAGCUCUGAUUUUACUGAAGUACACGGCUAAGCCGCAACAUGAUUUUACAAAAUUAUUCAAAAAUACUAGCAAGUCAUUGAAUGACAGGAACUGGUUUCUAGCAUCAGCACUGGGAUUCGGGUUUCUCGUUCUUCUGAUUUUUCUCACAUCACUUCUUGCUGAUGGAUUAUUUGGACCUAAGCCUGUUUACAACCCAAUACUGAAGGAGAUGCUCCUAGAGAGUGAUGUCUCAAGGGUAUCUUGUGUGCUUGUUUAUUGCAUUUUCACGCCCUUUUUGGAAGAACUUGUUUAUAGAGGAUUUCUAUUGACAUCACUUUCCACCACAAUGAAAUGGCACCGAGCUGUUGCCAUAAGCUCAAUCGUAUUCAGUGCAAUCCACUUCUCUGGCGAGAGCUUCAUUCAGUUGUUCAUAGUUGGAAGUGUUCUUGGGUGCUCAUAUUGCUGGACUGGGAAUUUGUUUUCCUCCAUCGCUAUACAUUGCUUGUACAAUGCUUUGACCUUGUUAUUUACUUAUUUUAACUAAAUGCUAUUUUUUCAGAGUAAA